CCAGAUUGUUCUUCCUGUCCUGACUUGUGCUGUGGGAGUUGGAGUUGCCUUUGAUGCAAAUCCUCUGAGCCAGCAGAACAUCUGCGGAACAUCUCCUGAUAUGUGAAGCCUUCGUGGUUAACCUGUGGAUGAUGUGGACCUGGGCACUGUGGAUGUUCCCUUUACUCUGCAAAUUCAGCCUGUCAGCUCUGCCAGCUAAGCCUGAGAACAUUUCCUGUGUCUACUACUAUAGGAAAAAUUUAACCUGCACUUGGAGUCCAGGAAAGGAAACCAGUUAUACCCAGUACACAGCUAAGAGAACUUACACUUUUGGAAAAAAACAUGAUAAUUGUACAACCAAUAGUUCUACAAGUGAAAAUCGUGCUUCGUGCUCUUUUUUCCUUCCAAGAAUAACGAUCCCAGAUAAUUAUACCAUUGAGGUGGAAGCUAAAAAUGGAGAUGGUGUAAUUAAAUCUGAUAUGACAUAUUGGAGAUUAGAGGACAUAGCGAAAACUGAACCACCUGAGAUUUUCAGUGUGAAACCAGUUUUGGGCAUCAAACGAAUGAUUCAGAUUGAAUGGAUAAAGCCUGAGUUGGCGCCUGUUUCAUCUGAUUUAAAAUAUGCACUUCGAUUCAGGACAGUCAAUAGUACCAGCUGGAUGGAAGUCAACUUCGCUAAGAACCGUAAAGAUACAAACCAAACCUACAACCUUAUGGGGCUGCAGGCUUUUACAGAAUAUGUCGUAGCUCUGCGAUGUGCAGUCAAGGAGUCAAAGUUCUGGAGUGACUGGAGCCAAGAAAAAAUGGGAAUGACUGAGGAAGAAGCUCCAUGUGGCCUGGAACUGUGGAGAGUCCUGAAACCAACUGAGGUGGAUGGAAGAAGGCCAGUGCGGUUGUUAUGGAAGAAGGCAAGAGGAGCCCCAGUCCUAGAGAAAACACUUGGCUACAACAUAUGGUACUUUCCAGAAAAUAACACUAACCUCACAGAGACAGUGAACACCACUAACCAGCAGCUUGAACUGCAUCUGGGAGGCGAGAGCUAUUGGGUGUCUAUGAUUUCUUAUAAUUCUCUUGGGAAGUCUCCAGUGACCACCCUGAGGAUUCCAGCUAUUCAGGAAAAGUCAUUUCGGUGCAUUGAGGUCAUGCAGGCCUGCCUUGCUGAGGACCAGCUAGUGGUGAAGUGGCAAAGCUCUGCUCUAGACGUGAACACUUGGAUGAUUGAAUGGUUUCUGGACACGGACUCAGAGCACCCCACUCUUUCCUGGGAAUCUGUGUCUCAGGCCACGAACUGGACGAUCCAGCAAGAUAAAUUAAAACCUUUCUGGUGCUAUAACAUCUCUGUGUAUCCAAUGUUGCACGACAAAGUUGGCGAGCCAUAUUCCAUCCAGGCUUAUGCCAAAGAAGGCAUUCCAUCAGAAGGUCCGGAGACCAAGGUGGAGAACAUUGGUGUGAAGACGGUCACGAUCACAUGGAAAGAGAUUCCCAAGAGUGAGAGAAAGGGUAUCAUCUGCAACUACACCAUCUUUUACCAAGCUGAAGGCGGAAAGGGAUUCUCCAAGACAGUCAACUCCAGCAUCUUGCAGUAUGGCCUGGAGUCCCUGAAACGAAAGACCUCUUACACAGUUCAGGUCAUGGCCAGCACCAGUGCUGGGGGAACCAACGGGACCAGCAUAAAUUUCAAGACAUUGUCAUUCAGUGUUUUUGAGAUUAUCCUUAUAACUUCUCUGAUUGGUGGAGGCCUUCUUAUUCUCAUUAUCCUGACGGUGGCAUAUGGUCUCAAAAAACCCAACAAAUUGACUCACCUGUGUUGGCCCAGUGUUCCCAACCCUGCUGAAAGUAGUAUAGCCACAUGGCGUGGAGAUGAUUUCAAGGAUAAGCUAAACCUGAAGGAGUCUGAUGACUCUGUGAACACAGAAGACAGGAUCUUAAAACCAUGUUCCACCCCCAGUGACAAGUUGGUUAUUGACAAGUUGGUGGUGAACUUUGGGAAUGUUCUGCAAGAAGUGUUCACAGAUGAAGCCAGAACGGGUCAGGAAAACAAUUUAGGAGGGGAAAAGAAUGAGUACGUGACCCACCCCUUCAGGCCUGACUGUCCCCUGGGGAAAAGUUUUGAGGAGCUCCCAGUUUCACCUGAGAUUCCUCCCAGAAAAUCCCAAUACCUACGUUCGAGGAUGCCAGAAGGGACCUGCCCGGAAGCCGAAGAGCAGCUUCUCAUUUCUGGUCGAAGUCUAGAAAGUCUAGCACCAGACCAUGUGUGGGAGGCAGCGGCCCCAAAUCCGUAUUUGAAAAAUUCAGUGACAACCAGGGAAUUUCUUGUGUCUCAGAAACUUCCAGAGCACACCAAAGGAGAAGUCUAAAUGCGACCGUAGCAUGAGACCCUCAGGGCCUCAGUGUGGAUGGCCUUUGCCAGAGAAGAUGUCAAGACUCAGCAUGCAGCGCUUGCUUGGCCCCGCCACAUCCUGCCUGGGUUAAAGUCUCCCCUGCCCUUGAGCUGCCAGUUGAACUUGGUCGGCACAGGUGUGACCUUGUGCUAGGAAGAAGGGAUGGUGAUAAGCCCAAGUUUUGGAAAGGAACAGCAAUCUCUUUUCUUUUGCUCAGAUACCAAGCUCUCACAGAAGCUGUGCCUCCUGACAGAUUGGCUUUGGAGGAAGGGCCCAGGUUCUGAGCCCAAAGGACCCCCAAGGUGGACAUACCUGGCCUCCUAGGAAUUGGGUCAUGGUGCCAGCCUUUGCUGGGGCUACGCCUCAGAGUUCCAGAAGGCCUUUCCCUGCUGCCAGAGGACAGUUGUUUUGUUGGCUCUUGGGUGGUUUGGGCUCUGAGCUUCCCCUACGAGGUAGCCCUAAAGCCUUCAUCUCUCCCCACAGUUGGGGCUGGAGGUGGAGUGGACCUUCCUAAGGGGGUGCCUGAGGCUCCUCACAUCCUCUUAGAUCUCAAGUGUCUGUAGCAACACCACACCUGAGAAUCCUCACCCCCAAUUUACAGUGCAUUGACUAAAAAAUCAAGGAAUGGGGAGGGCCCUGGGGAAUGCACGCUGCCGGGCACAGCUCUGCUCAGUCUCCAGGGGCCACUUCCCAGCUGCUGCUGCCCUUCUAUUCAGCACCCAGCCUGGGAGCAGAAAGGCACCUGACAUUGCAGUGGUUGUCAGUAUGAGGGGACGCUGGCCCCUCAUACUGGCUCAGAGCACAGGAAUGCUUACUGAACAUAUCCUUAAAAGGCCUCUUCCCAGAAGCAGCAGGGCAGGGCCUGGGAAUAUGCAAUGCUUAGCAACUUUGCAACCCCAACAGGAGGACUUCUUCUCCUUUGCUCUAGCUAAGCACAGAGCUUGUGACUAUUUAGUGGAGCCUUUCAUAGAAGUGUGGAUUGCUGGCUUCAGCACUGAGAUGCUACUGGGCUCCUCCUGUAACUACAGUGACAGAGUCAGCUGUGACUCCCUUGACCUUUGUGGGAGGUCACUAGGAGCCUGGUGAGAUCAGGGCAGGCGAGACAAUGAGUGAGUGGUCCAAGGUGUAGUGAACCCAUCACUUGCCAGCCAGGAAGGCUGAUGGUAUUUUUUCUAGGUGAGUGUGAGGAAUCAGUACUAGGAUUGCAGGCGUCAACUUUGCAAGCCACCCACUCAGGUGUGCAAAACAUCACUUUACUUUCCUAAAACUAAUUGCUAGCCUGAGACCUGAAACUUCAAAGUAACCUCAGCCCAGUGUGAUGAUUUUGGAGUUGCCUUGGGUUUGUGACUCAGUCACAUUUGGGAUUUUGCCCUCCCCUGUCCUGCCUGGGACUGGCUCUGAGUGCCGAGGAUGUUCAAUGGUGCAGCAUCUGUCGGGCAGUCGGUCACUCAGUGGGGUCCUCUGGGUCAUGUAUUUGUCCGGCUGCAGUUUUGACUCUGGCCUCGUGUAUUUACUAUGGUCCCUCCGGUCCCUGUUGGGUCACCUGCCAUUCACCUUAGCCAAUUGCUGCCUCGUUGCUGUGGGUACAGGAAGGUGUGACUGCUCUCUCAAAGCUCCGUCCUCAUUAACAUCUCCAGCGGCUGCAGCCAUCCCCCAACCACCCCACCCAGGACUCGGUACUCCUGGUUUACAGAACACUGACUUCUGGCACAGCAAGGAAUGAGGGAGGCCCUAGGCAGGCCACUGGGGAACAGGACUCUAGGGCAAUGCCCCGACCCUUUGUCCUGCACUCAGGUCCAGGUGUAGGAAGGGACCAAACAAAAGGGAUGCAUCCUAUUCUCACGCCGCCCCUGAUGUCUGCUCUCCCUGUUCUCCACCCCUUCUGCGGUGUGGGCUCUUCUGUGAGCCCACUGUCCCCAGAGUUCCAGAUGGAGCCUUUGGCCACCCCACCUCCGGAUUCGUGAACGUAUGGGGAGAUUCUAGCCUUGCCUCCUGUCUUGGUCCGAGGAUGGGGGAGGGCACAGGUACUCCCACAGCUGUUCUUUCAACCCUCCUGCCCACCCGUAGUUGGGGGAAUUUUCUCAAAUUCUGUGGGAGGUGGGUGAGAAGAGAGCCUGGAAUUAGUUUUCACAAACUUGUCUGUCUCACACCUGGAUGUAGAUGAAGCUUUUGAACCUAAAAUCUAAGAAUUUGAUAGGAGAGAAAAUGGAUUCCCAGUGGCUCCUGUGAGUGGAUUCCAGAGAUAAGUACGUUGCCCUCUGGCCUCUGCUCCUUCAUCAUCAAAGCCGGAAGCGUCUCCUGCUGGACAAUUUGCAAAUCCCCACCCAGGCUUUCCUGUUUCAUUUCUUCUUUCCUUUCUCUCCUCUUGCCCCUAUCUUCUGCUUUGUUUUCCCCACUGCCAGAGCUUCUCAUCUUUCAACACUUCCUAUUUUUUUUCUUGUUUCUUUUCAUUCCUUUCUCCCCUUCCAUCAGCCUCCUGUGAUCAUUUUCCAUGGUUUUAUUACCUUUGAGGGGUGGGAAGAUGGUGUCUCUGUUUCUCUCUAGAUGGGAGGAGCUGUUUCUGUGAGUCCCCAAAACGCACUGGUGGGCCACACACUUAGCUCUCUUGAGCAGAUUCACAGGAUGCGGGCCUCAGAGUUCAGAGCACUGGUUUCUUCCUCUCCUGGAUUGAGUCACCAGUUGUCCCAGCUCUGGGCACCCGGGAUUGCCUCUGUGACUGGAGAAGGCCAUCUGUGUUUUCCCUGUUUACUGUCAGAGACAUUGUGAGGACACAAACAGGAAGACUUAUGUUUUAGCAAGGGCAUUAAAAAUGGAUAAAAUUCCUGUUAACCAGUUUUCUGAGUCCCUGGGAUCCACGCAGACAGCUAGGUUAGUGGCCUUUAACAGUAAGAGCAGAAAAUUUUUAAAGAAUGACAGAGAAGCCAAUCUGUGGCUUAAAUAAAAAGACCACAAGUUCCUUCUGGAGUCUUGGGAGGCAGCGGUGUGAAAACAGCAUGCAAGGGUCUGGAGGAGGCAGGAGAUGGGGAGAAAUGAAAAAGGAGAGGCCCCCAGCAUGGAUCCCUCCGGCCACUCUGCUGAUGCUCCGUGUGCAAGGAAAGCCUGUGCUGGCCAGUCCACCCCAGUCUCAUUCUGUCCCCAUUUUACGCAUGCCCCUAGUUACUCCUGCUGCAGCAGGCACCCUGCCGCCCAGGGCAGUGGCCCACAGGCCAAAUCCAGGCCCUGUUUUUGUAGGUUCAUGAACUAAAAGCCACAAUGACCUGUUUAGAUGGUUGAAAACAAAAAGAAUAACAUUUUGUGACAAGAGGACUCCAUGAAAUUCACAUUUUAGUGUUGACAAAGUAUAAUGGGAACACAGCCAUGCCCAUCCUUGACCUAUUCCCUGUGGCGGCUUGCCCCUACAAAGGCAGAGUUUAGUUUCAGCAGAGUUUUUCCCACAAAGCCGAAAACAUUUAUCCUUUGCAGAAAAAAUUUGUGGACAAUUUUUUGUGGGGUACGGUGGACGCCUACCGUAACCCACAGACGUGAAACUCAGACUGCCACUGUGUUUCAACUUUGAAUUAGCUGCAGAUGAAAAAGAAAUCAGGAUAUGUCAUUCUGAAUUUCCGACCAAAUAGGGACUGCCUUCUUUGAAGGGCCCACACACACUUACUGGUUUCCCACCAGCCCUCCUAAAUUCCUGUCCCCUUCCCAUAGCUAAGGUUGAGAGUUGGUGGCUUACACCAGUGGUUUUUCAACGGGAGUGAUUUUGACCCCCAGCCUCCAAACCUCAGGCAUUUGGUGAUGCCUGGAGAUAUUUUUGAUUGUCACUACUGGGAAGGUGCUACUGGCAUCUAGUGGGUAGAGGCCGGCAAUGCUGGAAAUCAUCUUACAAUGCGCAGACCAGCCCUCAUGACAAAAAAUUAUCUGGCAGAAAUGUCAGCGGAGGCUGAGAAGUCCUGGCCUGAACUACCUUCUGCCUUCUAGAUCCACACACAGCAUUCGCAUGGGUGAGACUCACCUCUAGGUGUCCCCUCUUUUUUCUAAUUUAAAAUUUGUUUUAAAUUCAACUUUACAACAAUAAUCCCAAGAGUUUUAAAUAGCAAUUAUUUGUCAUGCUUAAUUAAUUCCCGACGUGAUCUGUGUGCACCUGUACACAUUUUCAACUAAUUGCAAAUCAUACUGAAUACAUUAUGUUCUCCCUUUACUUUCAGUUAUUUCAUAUAUAAAAAUUCAUGCAUGAGCAAAGCAUUUUGAAUGUCCACGAAGAACCCCAUGGCAUGCCGGCAUGGUGUGAUUUGCUAAGGCAUCCCUUGGUCGAUAGGAUUCGUUUAAAGUCCUCCUAGUAUAGAGUGCAAUGCAAUACACAUUUAUCUUUUCUCACCUUUGUCCUGUCUCUUUGGGGCUGUUUUUUCAAAAGUGGAAUUGCUGGGUCAGAAUUUUAUGGUUGUCACAUUUUGCAUGACUGUGUCGCAUCAAAGGUUAUACUGAUUUACAGUAUCACCAGACAUGUCUGACGGAUCCUUUGUCCUUUUCCACUGAGAAUCAGCUGUCUACCACUCUGAACUUGAUUUUGUCAAUUUAUCGGGAAUAGUUAAUGAAACUUUAUAGUUAUUUGUGUUCCUUUAAUCCUCGUGAAGCUAAACUUUUCCCAUUUUUAUUUUAUUGUUGCCAUGUCCCGGAGUUGACAUUACAGAAUGUUCUCUGCCUCCAUGCUCCUGGGGGCAUUGAGAGACCAGCUGAGUUGCUAGAAAUAAGAGGGACUCAAUAGGCCCUUAGCACAGAGGGUGGACUUUGCCACUUGGUGGACUUUUAAAAUACUUGUUUUUGUAGGGCAUUUGAAAAAGAAAUUUCACACUGGUGUAUUUUGUUAAUUGUUUAUAUGUAAAUGUUGAUUAUUGACAAGCCUACCUGUAAUCAAAAUAUGUAGUGUGGUCAGUGUCUUGCACUCUUAUUGUGGUGGGGGGGGGUGGUCCUGAAGAGUGGAGUAUGACUAAGGAUAACAGCAGUCCUCAUUCCCUCUGGACACUGGAGUCAGUGAGGAGAGAGUUUGCUCUGAAGCACAAACAGCUACAAUCUAUGCUCGAAGAGUCCCCCGGCCACACUAGCCCUUGACAUAGAGCUCUAUGCAGGGCUGUCCUGCCCAAAACGCUUGCUGUGUGCUGAUGAGAAGGGCUGGGGAGAGGCGAGGGCCAGGGGAGGGGCAGAACUCCACAAGAGGGCAAAACCUGCUGUCAGCAACGCUCUUGUGGCUGUUCAGGGGAAGUGAGAUACAUGUACUAUGCAUUUCAUUUUUAGGAAUAGAAUUCUCUCUUCCUGCCCAACUUCAAUAUAAGUGUGGACUAAAAUGCCAGAAAGGUGCCCUGUGGUCUGCACUUGAAAGUAGAAAUAAAAAUAUGCAAACUAGAAAGGACAUGCAGAGUUUUCCAACUAGGAAGACUGAGUCUGUGGCCCCAAGAGAACCAUCUCUGAAGACUGGGUAUGUGGUCUUUUCCACACAUGGACCACCUACGGAUGCAAUCUGUGAUGCAUGUGCAUGAGAAGUCUGUUAUAAAGUAGAAUAUGAAAACAUAGUUAUGCUAAUAGGAACAGCUUUUAAAAUGCUUUUGUAUUUGGGCCUUCCAUACAAAAAAGCCAUAAUACCAUUUUCAUGUAAUGCUAUACUUCUAUACUAUUUUCAUGUAAUGCUAUACU